GGUGACUUCGUAAUACAUCUUAGCCUGCUACUACAUCUUAUAUAAUGUCCAGUUCUGACGAUUCGGACUCCAACUCGAGUUCUAGGAAUGUUUCGGAGGCAGGAGAAAGCGAAAACGAGAGAGAUUUCGGAGUGGUUGGCGGACUCGUGGAGCCAUACCGAUUCGAGCCUGAAGCACCUGAAGGCUAUGAAGAACCAGAUGAAGAAGACGAAGAUGGUUUGACUCCGGCGAUAUUGGAGUCUAGGUCCGAGAAUCAAAUAACCGUAGAUGAAUGGUGUCGUUGCAACAACUGCGAUACAGAACUUCUGUGGAAUGCCUUGGAGUUUCGUUGCUGUAAGGAAGUCACGGCAGCCAUGGCAAAACUGACCUUUGAGGGCAUCGAAGGUAAUUGCGUGCUCGACCAUCCAGACUUCGACGCUCUGACAAACGCCACAGUACUUGAGCAGGUUUGCCCUCUGAGGAAGGACACGAAUGGCCAGGCUUACAAGUUUCCAACCAGAGGAACUGUAAAUGCGAAAAAGGAGAGCUGUCGUGCCACUACAUACUGCUUUCUUGUGCGAUGCAUGUUUGGGCCCCUUGGUUGGAACAACACUAAACCACUUCCUGCCUGUAUAAUUAUACAAUAGAAUUAGGCAGAAGUAUCAGACUGCCUCCACCAGAGGUUACAUCACUGCAGAGCAAAGGCAAAAUUAAG